AUGAGAAAAGAUUUGUACACUUUGGAUGGAGGUAGGAUUAGCGAAUUAGGUCGUCUUGGGUACGAAAAUUUCGAUUUUUUAUCCUAUGAAAUGAAUGAAGAAAAUGAAAAUAAUGAUAAUAUGAUAUCUAUAUUAGAGAAUAUUCAUUUAAGUUAUUUAUUAGGUGGUUGUAAUAUUAUAGGUACUAAUACAUUUCAAGUUAAUUUAUAUAGUUUCCAAAAGUUAGGUAUUGAUAACGGAGAAGAAAUUUUAAGUAAAUAUAUUAAUAUAGCAUAUAAUAGUCUUUUAAAAUAUGAAGAAAUAAAAAGAAAAAGUAAAGAUGAUAUAAAUGUAUUACUUAAUCCUAGAAAUAAAAAUAUAUCUGUUUAUGAUUAUUUGUCUUCUUAUCAUAACAUAAGAAAAAAAUAUGACAUUUUACAUGAAAAAGAUGUUUCAUUUAAUAUAGACAAUUAUUUGAAAGAUAUAAAAAUUGAACAAAGCAUAGGAGAUAAUAAAUAUAGAAAAUUUAAUAAAAAUAUAAAUAAUUAUAUUUCUUUUUCUAAUGGACCUUAUAGUAGUACUUUUGCAGAUUUCAGUGAAUACUCAGGUGUAAUGCAAAAAAAUAAAGAGAACAAAAAUGGGAAAAAAAAAAAAAAAAUGAAGAAAAAUAAAGAAAAAAAGGAAGAAAAAAAAAAAAAAAAUAUGAGCGAAUAUUAUCAACUUGAUAAAAACAUUAUUAAGAAUAAAAAUAAUAUUGAUAGGAAUAUAAAAAAAUCUAUUAAUUAUAAAGCAUAUUAUAAAUAUUCUUUAUAUUAUGAUAUACAAAUGAAUAUAUCAAAUGUUAAUUCUUAUGGUCGAGAAAAAUAUAAUCCUAUAGAAAUUGUACCCAAGAUGAAAAAAAAAAUUCAAAAUAUAAAUUGUACUAAAAAGGAGGAGACAAAUAUAAUAAAUACACACAAUAAUAAUAACAAUGAUAACAUAUUUUUUAAUAAAAAAUUAUUUAAUUAUGGAAUAGAAUAUUAUAUAGAUGUAAGUGAUCAAGAGAUUAUAUCAAACUGUCUAUUCAAAUUAAAUACAUUUUGUAAAAACAGUGAUAAAUUACAUUUUUUUUCUUUAACAACUUUUUCAAAUAUAAGAGAAGUAUUAACAUUUUAUAAUUGUAUAAAAUAUUAUGGAUCCACAUUUAAUAAUAAGGUUAUUAUAAAUUUUUUUUGUAACAGUUGGAAAUAUGUAGGAUGUUCAAACUAUUCUUUUUUUGAUAUUGUAAGUAUUUUAUUAUAUCUAGAUUCUUACAAUAAAUAUAUUAAAGCUAUAGGGUUAAAUUGUGUAAAUAUAGAAUAUGUAUAUGAUUUAUUUUAUCCCUUUCAAAAAUAUAUAUGUCCAUAUAAUAAUAUUAAUACCAAUUUGUAUCACAGUCAAAAUAUUCAAAUGAAUAACAUUGUAAAACAUCUAAUGAAUGACCUUAAAAAAAAUAGAUAUAUAAAUGACAUUAAUUUUUUUUGUUCACCUAAUAAAUCUUUAGAACUGGUCUCAUUUGAUGAUCAAAACGGAGAUGUGCAUUUUCAUAAUUCAGCAAAUAAGACAAAUCAUGUAUACAACUAUAUUGGAAAGUGGAUAAAUGUGCAUGUAAAUGGUUUUGGUGGGUGUUGCUAUUAUAAUCCGUACGAUAUAUCUUUGAUUAAUUACAAAAUUAAUGAGUUAUUAUAA